UACAACAAUAUGUCUACUCUUCAAUUGGGUAUCAACCUUUCUUCUUCAUCUCGUAUGUUCUUGCCAAGUCUUUCUCAGACGCCCAGAAAUGGCUUUCCCACUCCAAAAACCAACUUUUUAAAGAAUCCUUUCCGCUUAGCUCAUUGCACUUGCAGAACCUACAGUCAUGGUGACCCAAGAAUGACUCUUUUCAAGAUCACUUGCUCUGCCACCUCACCAAACCUAAACAAGAGCACAGAUGUGGUGGUGGAGGAGAAAAGUGUUUCUGUGAUUCUUCUUGCUGGAGGGAAGGGAAAAAGAAUGGGUGCAAGUAUGCCAAAGCAGUAUCUACCACUUUUAGGCCAACCAAUUGCAUUGUACAGUUUCUUCACCUUCUCCAGGAUGCCUCAGGUGAAAGAAAUCGUUGUCGUAUGUGAUCCUUCUUAUCAAGACAUUUUUGAAGAUGCCAAAGAGAAUAUCCAAGUCGAAUUAAAAUUUGCAUUACCUGGGAAGGAAAGACAAGAUUCUGUAUACAGCGGACUUCAGGAAGUUGAUUCAAACUCCAAACUUGUAUGCAUCCAUGACUCUGCAAGACCUCUAGUAUGGACUGAAGAUGUAGAAAAGGUCCUGAAGGAUGGUUGGCUGGUUGGAGCAGCAGUUCUUGGCGUUCCUGCUAAAGCAACAAUCAAAGAGGCGAACAGUGAGUCUUUCGUUGUGAAAACUCUUGACAGGAAAACUCUUUGGGAAAUGCAGACACCUCAGGUAAUCAAGCCUGAGUUGCUUAAGCAGGGUUUCGAGCUUGUUAACAGGGAAGGACUUGAAGUAACAGAUGAUGUAUCAAUAGUGGAGCACCUCAAACAUCCUGUAUACAUUACUGAAGGCUCUUACACUAACAUAAAGGUUACAACACCCGACGAUUUGCUACUUGCGGAAAGAAUAUUGAACAGUGAAGAAUCUUAGAGUUCUUAGUUUUGUUAGUUUUUCUUCUUUUUUGCAAACACUAUAUUUCCCUGGAAAUUUGUAAUCUCCUAUCAUAUUGAUGAAGUUAGCCUUUCACUGUUUAACUUAACGAGUCUACUGAACUUCAUGGGAAAAGAAAGUAUCUUUCUCUCCCAGAUUUCAGCAACUUGGCAAAGCUGUGCAAAUAUUGAAAAUUUACUUGUUAGAAAGUCA